UAUAUCCUUGAACCGAGCCGGCCGCUAUAGUUCUAGAGAUAUACUGUCGAGUGUACCUUUGUGAUGUCGCUUGUUAACAUUGGCCGUAUUGUUUGUGUAGUUAUAUAACUUGGUAACACGUUUUCAGGUGAACCGGUGAGUUUGUGAGUCAUGUCACAAAAAAAGGGAAAAACUGAUGAAGACUGUGGCUACGUGGAUUUAUCAGAAAGGAUACGAAACUACCAGAAGGACAUUAAUAGAAGCCGUAAAAAGAAGCCAAAAGGUCUGAAGAUCAUGUUUUAGGAGACCAGGAAAAAGUGUGUGCAAUGGCUUUAUGUUUUGUGCUGCAAAGGAUACUAGAUUUUUGUAGGGAUGAUUCAUUUUUUGCUCGUGAGCUUCGUGAGAAGCUGACUCUUAUAAUAGCAACCAGUGAGAUGGAAAAUUUCUCAAUGUCUCUCAGCCCUACGUCUCUGCUGAGAUUCAUAAAAUUAUAUCAUGGGUACAUGUUUGAAGAAAUUGGGCGACAGACUGCAUGGUUAUUCCCGGAGCUAAACCCCCUUCAGACUGCGACUGCCGUGAUGGUUACUGCUAUGUCAGUCUGCAUCUACAUGUUAGAAUCUGCUGUGCCUCCAAUCGUCCUUUCAGUAUUUAAGAAAGCAGAUGAUGAGCGUACCCAGGAAAGUAGAAGAUUCAAAGACUUUGGCAACAACGCAUUUUUCAAGAAAGAUUACUCAAAGGCACUACAUCGCUAUACAGAUGCCAUCGAGUUAAAUCCAUUCAAUCACAUCGUUUACGGAAAUCGGGCACAGGUGUACAUUGAAAUGGAGAAGUACUCGAGUGCGAGAUCAGACUGCUUCCGUGCAAUGCUUCUGGACGAAACCUGGCCAAAGAAGUGGGAUUAUGCCGAGAUCAAGUCCCCUGGUGAUGGUGGAUCAAGCUUCUUGGUGAUCGUCCAGACCAACUACCUGGAGAAUCUGCAUUUCAAGAUAUGGGUUGCAAUGGUUGUUUCACCCAUGCUGUAUAACUGA